AGUGUGUGUGUGUGAUCGAAGCUACGCGAAGUUUGUUGUGUUUUUCGUAGCCAAGAUAACCGUGUCAAUAUUCAUAUUGACUGUUAGUGGCGGCAACAUUGUUGAAUAAAUUGUAUGAAAAUAAUUUUGAUAUCAAAUUUUUUACACCUGACUUGCCUCUUGUAAAUCAAUAAGUUUCAUAGGGAAAACAUGUUUGAAACAAAAAUGCUCGAUUCGGAGUGCAACGCGCUGAGACGCGGGUGAGUGUGAGCGAACAUCAUGUAAUUCUUCAAGAGUACAACGACAUUGUUGAAGAGCUCAAACGGGAUUUGGAAAUGUGCAAGACAGAGCAGACCGACAUUCGUUCUGAGUUACAAGCUUUGCACGUUGAAAGUAAGAAUAGCAGCGACGCUAUGCGUGAUUACAUUUCACGGGCCCACUUGGAGGAAUGUGGCAAUGAGGAUGUGCACAACAAAAUAAUUAUGAAUUUGAAAGAGCACAUUGCAGUCCUGCAAAUGGAGAAGGACUCUGCGGUUCAACUGUGGCAGGUGUCAAUGAAGGCUGUGGACGCUUUAGAGCAGGAACUCAAAACUCGCCCAGUGGACAACAGAGACACCAAGUUUUAUGAGGCGCAACUGAAAGACGUCAGACAAUCAUACUCUGAGGCCAUAAAGGCUUUGGAGGGCAAGCUACUUCAGACUAAGGAAAAUUUUGCCAAGCAGCAGUCCCUGUGGAUGUCAAAUAAGGAGAUGAUAGAGGCUCUAAAGCGAGAGAAAGAGGAAACGACAAUGAGAUAUCAGGAGCUCCAACAAGACGCUCAACGAAAAGACAGGGAUAACCAACAGACGAUACAAUCGUUAACGGAAGAAUUGUCUGCCGCGAAGAUGGAGAUACUGAAGAUAAGUCAUUUAAAGUCGGACUUGGAAAGAAAACUGAGUGAGAGUAGAAGAGUGGCCAGCAGUCUUAUGGCGAAGAAUGAAGAAACGAAGUGCAAGAUGGCAGAGACCCUCGAUCUAGUAGAAUCUGCGAUGAAAGAAAAGGAUUUUGCACUUCAGAGAGAGACACAGAUCGUGGAGCAAAAUGCCAGGCUGGAAGCUCGGUUGGCUUCCAUGGUCGAGGAACACGCCGUCAAGAUGCGAGAGGAAAUGGCUAAAUUGAGGGAUGUUCACGAGCACAAUGUGAAAAGAUACUUAUCAGAGAUUAAAGAGCUGAAAUCGGAAUUGCGGGAGAAGGUAACGCUGUUGGAUCGAUCGCAACGAGAGAACAGACUGGCAGAAGAGGAACUGGAGAGAAUGCGCCGAGAUUCCGAGGAUCUAUUGGAGAAGUCAGCCGCGAAGAUUCUCACCUUCGAGCAAGCGUUAAAACAGACCGACUUCAAGCUGGAGGCUUGCAGUGAGAUGUGCAGACGACAAUACAAUUCGGAUAUGCAACAGCUGCUGGAAAAGAUCGUCAGCUUAGAGGAAAAGUUGGCGACCUCGAACGAGAAGCUGAAGCAAAUUCAGCAGCAAAACUCUACAGAUGAGAUACGAGAUCGCAUCAAGUUGGCCGACGAGAGAACGAAGGACGCGAUCGAUCGCUACGUUAAUUUGGAGGGUCAAUUGGUCAAAGCUACGGACGAUAAGGAAUCUCUGGCAGUGGAAUUUAAGUCGCUGCAGUCAGCCUUCGAUCGCGAGAUACACAAGCGAGAUUACGAGCGAUGCACGUUGGAAGCUAAGAUCCGCGAAUUGGAAGAGAACCUUGUAAAAGAGAAUUAUCUGACGGAGAGUAAACCGGGCGCAAAUAUUUCCCCAAUACAAGUCGCCUCGCAACCUCGAGCAGAUUCGAGCAAACAUACUCUGGAUAUACGAGUUGAAAAUAUGGAUCAUAAUUGGCAGUCUUUGUUGACUGAGCAAGUGAAUAAACAACGAGAACACUUUGAUAAGAAAAUAAGGGAGAUGACACAGCACGUGACAAUUCAUCAAAAAUUAAGCAGAAGGUGGAGGGACGAAGCAAAGUCUUUGACGGCACGAUUUCAAGUGAAGUCUAAGGAAUUACGUGGAAAAAUUAGCUCAUUACGUAAAGAAAAUGCCGAGCUACACAAAGCGCUCCUACUUUGCAAACAGCAAUUUACUCCACUUAAAAUGGACACUAUUCAACACAGUUAUGCACAAGGAUCCGAGAUCAGGUGACAAUAUCCCAUACUAGGUACAGGAUGGCACAUCAUGAUCUCAGAUACUGUAAAUAUUACAGAGGCUCUAUUUACCAAAGAGAUACAAACCUUGAGAAACAAUGUUAAUUUUUUCUUUAAAUUAUUUCCUAUCUAUCUGACAAUGUCGAUAUUCUUAACAUCAAGUUUCAUUCAUUGGAAACGAUGCAAGCUGUGAAUAAACUGGGAAACCAA